GCCAUUUCACGUAGAAGAACAACACAGCGUGCCAGGGACUUUCGUGUAACCAAAGUUACAUAUUUCAGGCGGUGAUAACGGCCAACUCAUUUUUUUGUUUCUGCUUAACUUCCCUUCGUCCCUUAAACCUCUCCUUAUAUAUCUCAUUCCCAAACCCCAUGAAUCUGCGUCUUUCAGGACUUUGUUGAACAGAAACAGAUCAAAACUUGAAGUUGAAGAGUAAAUCAAUUCAGAUGAGCAAGAUGAUCGGAAAAAAGACCGAAUCUAUUUUCACAAACCCAAUCACAGGAAGAUCGAGGACACAACGGGGAAGAAACUUGAGCAGCAAGUCAUCAAAUAAUGUAAAUGAAGAAUACAAGGAAGCUUUUAGGACCAAAUCUUAUAUUGAAAUGUGGAGUAAAGCUCAGCACCAGCUGGAGAGAACAGGCUUAGAGAAAUUUUCUUCUUCUACUCUUCCGCUUCAUCAUCUCUCUGAUUUCCUGCUUGAACCAACGCAAGAAACACUGAUAGACAUGAUGGAGAGGUUAAAAAUCCAUCAACUUCUUGCGGACUACUUCAAAGCUAGCUUUGAAGCAUGUAAUACCUGUGAAUUACUCCUCAAAAGCAUCCACAAAACUCGAGCUAAUUAUCAGAAAAUCAAAAGGGUUAUCAAGAUUAGCAAGAGGGUGCAUGAAUUUCCAGAUUCCACAGAUGAUCAUUGUGGUGGGACUGCAGUUAUAUUCAAGGAGCUAGCUGGAUUUGUGUUGCUUAAGAACCCUUUGUUGAUUAUUAGCCCGAUGAAAUUUGGUGAGAUUCAUGAUACUAACAUGGAGUUGCUACAUAAGUUGACAUCAAAACAGAAGAAGAUAAAGAGGAGAACGAAGUUGAAAAGACUCUGCAAAAGAAUUGGGGGCGUAGGUCUUGUAGUUUCGCACAGUGCCCUUGUAGCUGCCUUGCUAGUUCUUGCAUUCCAUAGUAUGAUUGGAAUCAUAGCAGCACCAGGGCUCAUUGCCUGCUUUCUAGGUUUCCCCAAGAAGAAAACCAGGUCUGGCGCAAAAAGGGUUGAAUCAAGCUUGCUUGAGAGACUUGACGUGCAGCUUGAUAUUGCUGCAAAAGGAACUUUCAUUCAGAUCAACGAUUUUGAUACCAUGAGCAGACUGGUUUGGAGGCUAUAUGACGAGAUAGAACAUCUCAAAGCAAUUGCCAAAACCUGUGUGAGAAAUGGGAAAAUUGAGGUAUUGAAGGAGGUGGUGAGAGAAUUUGGGAUGCAUGAGUCCAGCUUCUUGGAACAGUUAGAAGAGCUUGAAGAAAAUAUUUAUUUGUGUUUUCACACCAUAAACAGAUCGAGAAGGCUUGUUAUAGAGAAGAUAAUCGACACACAACCAGAAUCAAAGACAUAAAUCUUAACAUUUAUUUAUCCUGAUGGUGAUUCCGGUGAAGUACUCAAAGUUCAUAUAUUUAGACAGAUCAAUUUCCGCAACUAGGCUUGGUAAUUGAGGCAAAACAAAUGAACGGAUACUUCCUGG